AUGGCUAGCUUCUUACAAAGCCCCAAGCGGGUCGUCUUCAUCGGUGCUGCCGGUGAAAUGUGUCGCCUGGCCGUCGAGCGGUUUGCCAAUGCUUCAGAUAUUUCGCUCGUCCUGGCCGACAUCAAUACAGACGCCCUCCAGCCUCUUGUUGCUAGACUCCCAGCUGGACGGGCUACUGCCUUGAAACUGGAUCUCAACGAUCGUGUUGCUCUGCUCACCGCCACUAAAGGCGCUGCCCUUGUCGUCCUCGGAGCCGGCCCAUAUACAAAAACAAGCCAGCCUGUGCUCAAGGCCUGUCUUGAAAACAAAGUUCCUUAUCUCGACUUUGACGAUGAUGUCGAAAGCACGACCGCAGCACUUGCCUUGCACGAAAGAGCAAAGAAGGAGGGCGUUCCGUGCUUUAUUGGCUGCGGAGCCUCUCCUGGAUUAACGAAUGUCUUGGCCGUCGAUGCAACCAAGGAUCUCGAUACCAUCGAUUCAAUUGAUGUCUGUUGGCUGGUCGGUGAUGAGCGACCAGGGAUUGGAAAGGCAGUCCUAGAGCAUCUUAUACACAUUGCCGCCGGCCCUUGCCUGACAUGGGCUGACGGAAAAGCAAAACUCAACGAAUCUUGGGUUGAGACAGGAUAUGCUCCGAUGUAUGGUGAUCAAGGGGAAACGUUUUUGCAUGAGACUGCCCAUCCAGAGCCAGUCACCCUUCCACGUCUUUUCCCUCAAGCCAGUCGAAUUCGUUGCCUUGGUGGCCUGCACCCCGCACCAUUUAACGGCAUAGCCCGUGGCCUCGGCGUUGCUGUUCGGAAGCAGGAUAUCUCGCAGGAUGAAGCCGUUAGUUUUCUACUGAACCUCAUCAAUAAUCCUUCGCCUAUAGAAGGUUGGGAGGCAACUUUAGGAGAGCCCAAUGGCUACCUACGUGGCGGCGAUAUCACACUCAAAGAGCUCUGGCAGCUCAUCUCCCACGCCGGUCAUGCCGCGGGACCAUGGCGACAUGCAUUUUAUGGAAUGAUUGACACAAUUCGAACUGGUGAAUGCUCAACGGGAGAAGUGUUGAGCUUUCUCAUUGAUUUUGCGCGCGGAAAGGUCGCUCCAUACUGUGGAGGCCUCACGGUACGAGCCACAGGUACUCGGAAUGGAUUCCCGGCUGUUUCGACCAAGCGUACGGCCAAGUUCGGCGAGGGGUCUGUUCUUUUCUCGAAUAUGGCGGCUGUAACGGGAGGUGCUUGCGCCGCGUUCAUGACUUUGGCAUUGGAAGAGGGCCAGAAACUCAGCGGCGUUUUUGCUCCCGAGGACUGGGCUGAGCCGCAGGCUUUCUACAAGGCCCUGGGCCGCAUCGGAGUGCCGCAUGAUGAGCUUGCUCAUUUGAUCGAUGACGGCUCUGUAAAUGCGAAACUGUAA